CGGAGGGGCAGCCAAAAUGGCCGCCGGCGGGCGGUGCGGGGCCGCGGGCUGGGCGCUGCCGGCCGCGCUCCUCCUGCUGCUGCUGGGCGCCGCCGCCUCGCCCCGCUCCUCGUCCUGUCACCACCGGCCGCCCGGCGGCGGGGAGGUCGUCUACGGGGUGCCCCUCGCGGAGGAUCGCCUCGUCAGGAGGGACGUGGGCCAGCGGCUGAGGAUUAAGAUCGUGUACGACAGGAGCGUGGAGGAUUUGCUACCAGAGAAAAGACACCUUAUAAAGAACAAACUUUUUCCACAAGCUAUAUCUUACUUGGAGAAGACUUUUCAAGUGCGCAAAUCAGCAGGUACUAUAUUGCUAAGCAGGCAGUGUGCAACAAACCAAUAUUUAAGGAGGAAAGCUGACCCUCACAGAUACUGCCGAGUGGCCUGUGCAAACCAUACUAGGUGCGGGCCAGUUGUAGUUCCUGAAAAACACCUCCAGCAAUGCAGGGUGUACAAUCAGAACGAACGGCACUUUGGCUUACCUGACCAAGAAGGGGUUCGAGAUGCUGACUUCGUGCUUUACGUCAGUGCUCUCACUACUGAAAGGUGUGGCCAUGAGAACAUCAUUGCAUAUGCAGCCUACUGCCAACUGGAAGCGGAAAUGGACAGGCCAAUAGCAGGAUAUGCUAACUUGUGUCCAAACAUGAUUUCAACGCAAGCUCAGGAAUUUGUUGGCAUGUUGUCUACAGUGAAACACGAGAUUAUCCAUGCACUGGGUUUCUCUGCUGGACUGUUUGCAUUUUAUCGUGAUGAUGACGGAAAACCUUUGACAACAAGAUACGCAGAUGGACUCCCUCCUUUUAAUGAAAGUCUAGGUUUGUAUCAGUGGAGCGAUAAGGUUGUUCAUAAAGCAGUGAGGUUAUGGGAUGUACGUGGUGGCCAAAUGCUUCACCAUACUGUUCACCUUCUGGUAACACCUCGUGUAGUUGAAGAAGCUCGUAAACAUUUUGAUUGUCCAAUCCUAGAGGGAAUGGAGCUUGAAAAUCAAGGCGGCAUGGGUACUGAGCUCAAUCACUGGGAGAAGAGGUUGUUGGAGAAUGAAGCUAUGACUGGAUCCCAUACACAGAACCGAGUCUUUUCCAGGAUUACCUUAGCAUUAAUGGAAGACACGGGCUGGUAUAAAGCAAAUUACAGCAUGGCAGAGAAAUUAGACUGGGGACGUAAUAAAGGCUGCGACUUUGUAAUGAAGAGCUGUAAGUUCUGGAUUGACCAAAAGAAACAAAAGAGGCAAUUAAUCAGUCCAUACUGUGACACUUUGAGAAGUAAUCCUUUGCAGUUAACCUGUAGACAGGACCAAAGAGCAGUAGCAGUGUGCAACUUACAGAAGUUUCCAAAGCAGUUACCUCAGGAAUAUCAGUAUUUUGACAAUCUUAACGGAGUACCAGCAGACGACUUGCCUUAUUAUGGUGGCUCAGUAGAAAUUGCUGACUAUUGUCCCUUCAGUCAAGAAUUCAGUUGGCAUUUAAGUGGUGAAUUUCAGCGCAGCUCAGACUGCAGAAUAAUUGAAAACCAACCAGAUCCUACCAAAAACUAUGGUGCAGAAGAAUAUGGACCAAACUCUGUAUGUCUUAUUCAGAAAUCAGCUUUUGUAAUGGAACAAUGCAGGAGGAAACUCAGUUACCCUGACUGGGGUAGUGGCUGUUACCAAGUUUCUUGUUCUCCACAAGGGCUGCACGUUUGGGUCAAGGACACUGCGUACUUGUGCAGCCGCUCAGGUCAAGUAUUAACUGUGAGCAUUCAGAUGAAUGGCUGGGUCCAUGUUGGAAAUCUAAUUUGUCCAGCCUGUUGGGACUUCUGUGACUCCUGUCCCCCAGAGCGGGAUCCUCCAGCUUCUAACUUGUCAAGAGUUGCACCAAUUGACUUGUGCUCCUGCUCGUCUAACCUGGUUGUAACCCUUUGGCUGUUGAUGGCUAACUUAAUUCCCCUGCUAACGGGAUUAUUUCUCUGCGCGUAGUUUCAGCAGGGAGCAAGAAGAUGUUUCAAGAUGGUAUACCACAGUGUUGUACUUCUUACUGUGGAGCACUGAGGUUUUUUUGUCUCUGCAGGCAGCUGCCUUCUCCUGAACCUCAUCUCUCCUGGCAAGUAUCAGUGCAGACGGUAGUCGGGGAGUUACUGACAAAAGCAGACAGAGUUUGAGAGGAGGAAAAUUUACCUUGUCAUCUCAAUAAGUGCCAGUAUUUUCCUGAAUUGCAACCUUUGAUUUUGACACAGUAACGAGAUCCACUGUGCCAGCUGUGUUAGACUACCUGGCAGCUUGAUCAAGAUUUGAAAUGAGAACUCUUCUGUAGUAGAACUUGGGUUGGUUUUUUAUGUUGUCUGUGUGACCGGUAGCAAAGCAUCCUCAAACUGGAAAUAUACCUCAGUGGUUUAGUCAAAAGCCAUGUAAAAAUCAGUUGCUGUUACUGCGAGUAACUCAGACCCAAACAGGUGUGGGAGGUUUUUUGUUUGGUUUUUGUCCAUUCUUACAAUGUAUAUGAGUAAAAAUAAUUUAACGGAGUAGAACCGUUGUUGGGAAUUGUUUCCACAACUGGAUUCUGUAGCUUUGAGGCUUCUCAGAAUUCAUGUUAGUUUGCAGUAAGUUAUUCACUUCUUUGGGUUCAUUUAAACCUUAGUGAAUGCACAAAGUAGACUUUCAGACUGAUAACCAUGACAACUGUCUAGAAAUCACAUUUUCAUUUAGCAUGUGCCAGUUCUAUUAACAUCAAAUUUUUGAAUAUUCUCAGAGUAAUUUGCUAGGCAAAUGCAUUUCGUUACUGAUGCCAGUCUGUAAAAUCGGGUGAGGUUUUCUGAUUUAUUUAUUUAUUUAUUAAAUAAUGGCAUUAUUUCUUUAAUAGUAUGAUCAUAAAUACAUUUGUUUGACUUUUUGCUGAAGGCCAAGCCAGUAGCUAUGGCAGCUAUAAUGUUACAGAACCAUACUGACUCCUCUAGGCCAAAAAACGUAUUGAGUAUGUGAAGAAAUGUCUAAUCUGUCUCUUUUUCCCCUUUUUUUUGGACAUACAGUUGAUAUUAUAAAUACUCAAAUAAUUCAUAGCAUUUGGAUUAUGUUAGAGAAUCAGACGUUUUGAACCACACAAGGGCACACCUUGGUACAAAAUUCAUCUUUUGGAGGACAAAAUCUACCUGAGGUAGGAAAUGAGCAAAAUCUGUCUUGCUGAGGACAGCUGCUCUCUACGACACUUGUGAAGGUGUUUUUCUUUGUUUCUGACCCUAGAUGACAUGUUACAAAUAAUCCUGCUUAGCAUAAAAGAAACUUAUGUGGUCCAAUCCAUUGUCCUCUUCAUCCACUUUCAUUCUUGAGAAGGUACAAAACUUGAGGGAGCAGAUGGGCCAGGUGCACUGAAAAUAAAAAGAUGGGGAGAAGGAUGAUGAUACACUACUUGUUUAAGGCUUGAUCCCCUUCUAAUAUGGAAGGGUAGGGAGUAAAAUUUCUUUAGCUACAAUUAAGCUUGUUUAAUAAGAACUUCCGUUGUAAUCGUAAGGACACUGAAGAAAAUCUUUGUGCCUACCAGAUUGUUUUUAAAGACGCUUUUAUGACACUGCUGAGGUGAGUAAGCUGCAACCUAAAACUGUCUGAGGGCAUCAUGGUUGAGAGUACCUUGCACUGGACUAGUUCCCCUUCUUAACCACAGGUUAUGCACAGUUUGCUUUGCAUUAAACAAGGCCUAGGUUAGCCUUAAAUAGGUGUUUCUGAGAAGCAAUACAAAUUAGGGAUCAAAUGUUUUAAAUGUGUACAACUUUGAAUUAAGAAACACUCAGAUUAGUAAGUGAACACUGAUGAUUUUAAUAUAUGCACAAUCAACAGUCAGUAUAAAUGGAUUCCUUGAAAGCGUAAAGGUUUGAGAAUAUAUGUUAGGUCCCAGAGGUUGUGAUUGUCUUUUGUCUGUUGUGCAAUAAUACAGGUUAAAUGGUAUCACUCAACAACAACGCUUUUUAUACUUGAAAAGAAAUUAUUGGUUAUUUUUUCUUACUGUGAAAUAUUUGCACUGUCUGAACUUUCUGGUUAACUUUAUAACUGUUAAACAUUUUUAAAUGGUGUUAAUUUAUUGCGCUUGGUAUUUGAUAUGCUAGUCUCCUGUCUGUGUAAGUGAAAUUUGUUAUAUUUAAGUGAAAUUUUUUUUUAUCUUCUACGCAGUUGUUUAUCUUCAGGGCUUUUCUCCUCUCUUGCUGAGAAUUAACUGAAAACUGAAAUAUGGCUUGAAACAUUGAUGCUUACCUACUUCUGAAUUGUAUACAUUUAAUUAAAGAAAGAGGCUGUAAUGCGUUGUACCUACAGGGAAAAUCUGUCUGGCUGUGAGCAUUCAUGUAGUCAGAUUCACCAGUACCUGCUGAGUAGCUGGAUUAGUGAGUCCAGUGAAGUAAAACUACUAAAGCCUUAAUAAUCUGAGAUUUUACUUGUAAUUUCUUUGACAUGCAGUCCUUAAACUGGCUGUGAACUGCAGAAUUGGAAGUGACUUUAGGGGACUGGGGAGGGAAGGUUAAAGUAGGCAAAAUCCAGCGGGUUACCUUCUGUCAGUAAGUUAGCAGCUGUAGCCUCGUUGGAACUGCCAAGGAGUGUGUCACGUUCGCUUUCAGGUGAGAAUGAACUGGUGACUGUCAAACAAGAGUUCGGGUAAAGCUGCCUACCUCAGUUCUGUUUGUCAUUCAGUUAAGCUUCUAACCCGUUGUUGUGAACUUCCAAGUCUUAAGAUGAAUUAAGUAAAAACAUAUCUCAGGUUUUUAAGAGCAAAAUAAACAUAGUAGGAAGCAUAAGCCAUUUUUGAGUGUAGAAUACAGCUAAAAUUGUAGCUUAAAGCAACCAUUUGUGUAGCCUUAAGUGUAGUUUCCCCAGUAAAAAUCAAUACCAGUUUUAAGUAAAAACAAAGUUUGCAGGCAGCUACUUUCAGUUUCCUGAACAUACAGGGGUAAGUCCAUCAUAUUGAAUCUCUUACAUGUGAAAUCUUUUAAAUAAAGCCCAAAUAAGCUUUUGUGUUUUCACUAGACUAGCUAGCAUUAUUCCCAGGACUUUUGCUGCCCUAAGAAAUAAACAAAUCAUUUAUCUGCAGCCAAAACAUGCCCACUGCUUUAAUGUUGUGAAAACAUGUUCCCUGUUUCCCUAUGGAAGUAAACUAGUCUUGCAGCCUUCUUUGUCCCUGCCAGCAGUUCAAGUUUCUAAUAUUUCAAUUAGAAGUCAAGGCAAUUCACACUUCAGGAAAAAUUUUUUAGUGUUUCAAACAAUUACAAGGAGGAAGAAUGGCUUUUGGCUGGAGUAUGCAGUGAGUAAAUAACAUAGAAGAGCAGGCAGUUCAUUUCUUUUUGAAAUGAGGUCUUGGGAGACUGUUAAGGCCUCGGAUAUAGGUCGACUACCAAAACAGAACCUUGACCCCCCAUUAGUUGACUGCUGGUGCAACACAACUCAUUUUUGUUGUGCUCUAGUAAAUUAGGAAGGUUGAUGUCACCUAAGAGCAGACAUACCAACAAUCCCUUGCUUGCAAGGGCCAGUUGUUUUUAAAUCUUCCAGCCCUGCAAAUCUUUCUGCUUUCAGUAGAGAGGAAUGUGUAUGUCCUUUCUUCCCCACGUUUCCUAUGAAUGACUUUCAGCCAAGCAGGUCAAUGUCUUUCCCCUGCAAGAUCUAACAACCAGCUUUUGCUUGGCUGAAUGCUUGGGCAAACACUUGCACGUAUCGCUCUUUGGGAUUUUUUGUCUAUUUUGUAUAUUAAGUGAUGUGAUCUUAUGCCAUCAGGCUUCCAAGUGCAAGUGUUGCCUUUUUAAUGUGAAGCUUACCUUGGAGAUAAAACAACUGUUUUGAGAGAACUGGCUGACUUUGAAUAUGUGUUUCCUAUUUUGGUACAGAAUGUAAAUACAGAACAAACUAUUUUACUUAGAUUUUGACUGGAUUGAGAUAUAAGGGCUAAUUUUUGUUAUUUAUGAAGUAAAAGUCAUCUUACUUUAUUGUGUAAAAGUAUGUCAUACAAAAGAAGAAAAAAAAGUUCAUCAAUAAAAAUGUCUGUAGAAAACUGACUCUUCUUGUCCUUUUCUUUGAGAGCUGUACGAAUAAGCACAAUAACGGACCACUAGUAGAACAGUAAUUUAUUUUGUGAGAAUUUUGAAAAUGAAAUUACAUCAAGCCUGCAUUUAUUGACCACUUUAUUAAACUGUUGAUACCUUUAAUGCAAAAUGUUCUGUAUUACUACUAGCUCAUAAAUCACUUACGAGAAUUUCAGACUGCCUGUGAAGCAAGGAGGUUUCUGAAUUCUCUAUCCCAUCCUGAUAUAUUUGAUAUUUAAGAAUUACGUAUUUGGCUUUCUUACUUGAAAUGAAAGGUCAUGACUUUUUGUUUUCUUUUUUUCCCCUAAUUCUGUAUAAAGGAUUUGGCCAUGUGAUUCCCAUUUCAGCUGAAGGAAUGUUUCCAUCGCCCUGCAGAGCCCUGAGCUGUUAGCCAUGAACAGGCAGUUCCUUUCCUCCAGCUGAGCCUUCGCAUGGCCUACCUUUGCUGCUCUUCAGAGAUCAGGGAUGCUACAGCCACUGUUUCUGGUACCAGAGCUAGCUUUGCUAGCUUUAAGACUUGAGAUUUUAAAAAUUAUUUAUUUUUAUAAGUAAUAUUUUUAUACAUACAUAUAUAUAUAUAAAAAACUGAUAAAUGUGAAAGACAACAACAUUCCUCUUAACAUGUAGAGGAGAGGAUUUUAUGAUGUAGGUGGUGUUUUUUUCUAAAAUAUGUCAGUGAAUACAGAGAGAUU